AUGCCUUUCAAUGGUAAGGCUAAGACCAGAAAGGGUCUGCCUCUCCCAUUCAGGGCAUGCGAUUGUGUCUCAUGUGAAGAAGACCAGGGAAAGUUUCGAGAGAUUAUUCUUCAUCGUCAACAUCGGCUAAAUCCAUCAACCACAGACUGCCGUCUCAAGGUCAACUUCGAGUUCGCUGCCAGCCCAGCCAACGCGCUCGACUCUCACUCUACAAGCAAGACGACGAUCCUUCGACUUCCAGAUGAAUUGCUACUGCGGAUCUUCAAGCUCACCAGAUUCGUGCCGACGGCGAUCUGCUUAGCUCUUACAUGCAAACGUCUAUGCUCACUUUAUCUCGACAACUUGAAAGACCGCUCUGAGAAAAUUGAAAAUCGACUCUGGAAUUCUACUAGUGGGUUCUGGAAAUAUAAGCUUAUUGACAAUCUUAUCCGUGGCUGGAUCCCUCAGCAGUCUGUUCGAUUCUGCUGGGCUUGCUGGCUCUUUCGACCUUACGGGGAAGCCUCGACAGAGUUCUGGCGCGCCAAGAUUCCGGCCUUGACAGCGAUUCCAGAACGAGAGAGGUCCCGUGUUGCGGGAGGAUACUGCUGCUGCUUUCAGAACGCGGCUCAUUGUACUGGAAGCCUACUGUUCUCCUUAUCAACUAUGAUCUAUGAGGAGGUUCCAGGACUCCGAGAUACCAGCCAAGAUCCCAUCGAUUGGGAGGAAGAAUAUGAGUACGCGAGGCGUCUUCGAGACUGUGAUGAUCUUCCGCAAUAUCAAAACAAUUGGGAGGUUCAAUUCUGGCUUGGUGAGCAAGGUCUGGCUGGGGUAGAGACGUCACUGGCAAAAGACAAGAGGAUCCGUUGCCCUUCCUGUGUGUUAGUGGACAAUCAGUUGCGCUUGGGGCACCGGGGCAUGAAGGUUGUUUGGCCUGAUGGCCAUCCUGAUCCGUCGGUAAUCGUGAAAGAUACAUUGAAGCGGCGGGCGAGCUUACUGGGCUAUGAAUGGAACCCAAGAAUUGCAUUCUACUCCUUGACAGGAACGGAAGGCCUUUCAAGCAGAAUGCGCAAAAGCCGUCAGAAAAAGAGAAGACAGAACGUAGCAAUCAUGGAGACACGCACUGUCUCCGGGUAA